UGAACUCAACCUUGGCAUUUGGGAUGCCAAGUUACAUAUGGCAGUUGAUCUCUUUUCAGGUCCUGCAAGCUCCGUGAGUGCCAAGCAGUGAGUUAUGGGCUGGGCAUCCACCAGUGCAUCAUGAAGAUUGACUUUAUUUUUGCCCUCUUGAGGUUCACAUGCUUUAUGAAUUCGCUCUCUCUUCUAUCUCACUGCCACCACCGUCAAUAUUGUCAUCACUUCUAGAAAACAAGAAUUUUAGGCUUGGACUUCAGCUCUGCCUUUCCUUACUUCUGGAACACCAGUAUCACCUUUGUGUUCUACCAAAACAAAUCACUGUGGGUUAUUUUGCCCUUCACAAAAGUACACCAUCUGGAGAAGUCUCUUCAUGUAUCCUGUACUUCUGAGAUAAAAGCCUCUGAGUCCUAAAGGAUAAUUGAGAUCUGCGGAGGAGACAUUUCCUCUUGGUCACGUGAACGUGCUAUCUCACUUUCCACUUACUCUCCCACUCUGUCACUCUUUCUGCUCUCCUCCUCUUCUCUUUGGAUUUAGCACUCGGUGUUGACUGCUGGGGUUCUCCUCCCAGUAGUGUGGCUUCUGUUUUUCUCCUACGGAAGAGCAGAUUGAAACAAUGGGCUUCACUCUGCAUUCUGUCUACUUCACCUUGAAGGUGAGUUUGCUGCUGGGCUCCUUGCUGGGUCUCUCUUUGGGUCUGGAGUUCAUGGGCAUCCCCAACCAGUGGGCCCGCUACCUCCGCUGGGAUGCCAGCACUAGGAGCGAACUCAGCUUCCAGUUCAAGACCAACGUCUCUGCUGGGCUGCUUCUCUAUUUUGAUGAUGGUGGUGUCUGUGACUUCCUCUGUCUGUCCCUUGUUGAUGGGCGCAUCCAGCUCCAGUUCAGUGUGGACUGUGCAGAGACAACAGUUAUCACAGACAAGCAGGUAAAUGACAGCAACUGGCACUUCCUGAUGGUCAGCCGCAACCACCUUCGGACGGUGCUAGUGCUGGAUGGCGAGGCCAAGCCGGGUGAGGUGCGUCCGCAACGCCAGUAUAUGAAUAUCGUCAGUGACCUUUUUGUUGGUGGAGUCCCACUGGACAUCCGUCCUGCUGCCUUGACUCUCGAUGGUGUUCUGAGUGAGCCUCCAUUUCAAGGAUUUAUCCUGGAUCUGAAAUAUGGCAACUCUGAGCCACAGCUCCUGGGUAGUCAAGGGGUCCGACUGGAAAUGGAAGGACUUUGCUCAGAAAACCCCUGUGAAAAUGGUGGCACUUGCUUCCUUCUGGAUGGCGAGCCACACUGUGACUGUUCAGCCACUGGAUAUGCUGGCAAGCUGUGUUCUGAAGAUGUCAAUCGUAUUCCAGGCCUCUCACACCUGAUGAUGGGUGAACAAGGUAGAAGUAAAGCACGAGAUGAGAAUAUGGCCACUUUCCGUGGUUCCGAAUACCUUUGCUAUGACCUGUCGCAGAACCCCAUCCAGAGCAGCAGCGAUGAGAUCACUCUCUCCUUCAAGACGUGGCAACGCAACGGGCUCAUUCUGCACACCGGCAAGUCAGCGGAUUAUGUCAACCUGGCCCUGAAAGACGGUGCGGUCUCGUUGGUCAUUAACCUGGGGUCUGGGGCCUUUGAGGCCAUUGUGGAGCCGGUCAAUGGCAAGUUCAAUGACAACGCGUGGCACGACGUUAAAGUGACACGCAACCUGCGGCAGGUGACAAUCUCUGUGGAUGGCAUCCUUACCACCACGGGCUACACGCAGGAGGACUACACCAUGCUGGGCUCAGAUGACUUCUUUUAUGUGGGAGGGAGCCCCAGUACUGCUGAUUUACCUGGCUCUCCAGUAAGCAACAACUUCAUGGGCUGCCUCAAAGAGGUUGUUUAUAAGAAUAAUGACAUUCGUCUGGAGCUGUCUCGCUUGGCACGGAUUGGUGAUACUAAGAUGAAGAUCUAUGGGGAAGUGAAAUUCAUAUGUGAAAAUGUGGCUACGCUGGAUCCCAUCAGCUUUGAGACACCUGAGGCCUAUAUUAGUCUGCCUAAGUGGAAUACCAAAAGGAUGGGCUCUAUCUCGUUUGACUUCCGAACCACUGAACCUAAUGGACUGAUCCUUUUCACCCACGGCAAGCCUCAGGAGAGGAAAGAUGCCAGAAGCCAGAAAAAUACAAAGGUAGACUUCUUUGCAGUUGAGCUUCUAGAUGGAAACCUCUACUUGCUGCUGGACAUGGGUUCUGGGACCAUCAAAGUCAAGGCCACCCAGAAGAAAGCCAAUGAUGGAGAAUGGUAUCAUGUGGACAUUCAACGAGAUGGAAGAUCAGGUACUAUAUCAGUGAACAGCAGACGCACCCCAUUCACCGCUAGCGGGGAGAGCGAGAUCCUAGAUCUGGAAGGCGACAUGUACCUUGGUGGGCUGCCUGAGAACCGGGCAGGACUCAUCCUUCCCACAGAGCUCUGGACAGCAAUGCUGAACUAUGGCUAUGUCGGCUGUAUCCGAGACUUGUUCAUUGAUGGAAGAAGCAAGAACAUCCGGCAACUGGCAGAGGCACAGAAUGCUGCAGGAGUCAAGUCCUCCUGCUCCCGCCUCAGCACCAAGCAGUGCGACAGCUACCCGUGUAAGAAUAAUGCAGUGUGCAAGGAUGGCUGGAACCGCUUCAUCUGUGACUGCACUGGCACUGGCUAUUGGGGUAGAACAUGUGAGCGAGAGGCCUCUAUACUGAGCUAUGAUGGCAGCAUGUACAUGAAGAUCAUCAUGCCUAUGGUUAUGCACACGGAAGCAGAAGAUGUGUCCUUUCGUUUCAUGUCCCAACGUGCUUAUGGGCUGUUGAUGGCAACCACCUCACGAGACUCUGCUGACACUCUGCGCCUGGAGCUGGACGGAGGCCGUGUCAAACUUAUGGUCAAUUUAGACUGUAUCAGGAUAAACUGUAACGCCAGCAAGGGACCUGAAACUCUUUAUGCUGGGCAGAAACUCAAUGACAACGAGUGGCACACUGUCCGGGUCGUUCGGCGAGGAAAGAGCCUCAAGCUGAUCGUGGAUGAUGAUGUUGCGGAGGGCACAAUGGUUGGUGAUCACACUCGCCUGGAGUUCCACAACAUUGAGACGGGGAUCAUGACAGAGAAGCGGUACAUCUCUGUUAUCCCCUCCAGUUUCAUCGGCCAUCUCCAGAGCCUCAUGUUCAAUGGGAUGCUCUACAUUGACCUGUGCAAGAAUGGUGACAUUGACUAUUGCGAGCUGAAGGCACGCUUUGGUCUCCGCAACAUUAUAGCUGACCCUGUGACGUUCAAGACUAAGAGCAGCUACCUGAGCUUGGCCACCUUGCAGGCUUAUACAUCCAUGCACCUCUUCUUUCAGUUCAAGACCACCUCAGCUGAUGGUUUCAUCCUCUUUAACAGUGGUGAUGGCAAUGACUUUAUUGCAGUUGAACUAGUCAAGGGGUAUAUACACUAUGUGUUUGACCUUGGAAAUGGACCUAAUGUUAUCAAAGGCAACAGUGAUCGUCCUCUUAAUGACAACCAAUGGCACAAUGUCGUCAUUACCAGAGAUAACAGUAACACACACAGCCUAAAGGUGGACACCAAGGUGGUCACUCAGGUUAUCAACGGUGCCAAAAAUCUGGAUCUUAAAGGUGAUCUCUACAUUGCUGGCCUAGCUCAAGGCAUGUAUAGCAACCUCCCAAAGCUUGUGGCCUCACGGGAUGGAUUUCAGGGCUGUCUGGCAUCUGUGGACUUGAAUGGGCGUUUGCCUGAUCUUAUCAACGAUGCUCUGCACCGCAGUGGACAGAUUGAGCGUGGAUGUGAAGGACCAAGCACUACCUGCCAGGAAGAUUCCUGUGCGAAUCAGGGCAUCUGUAAUCAGCAGUGGGAAGGCUUCACAUGUGAUUGCUCCAUGACUUCAUAUUCUGGGAGCCAGUGUAACGACCCUGGUGCCACAUAUAUAUUUGGGAAGAGUGGAGGUCUCAUCCUGUACACCUGGCCAGCUAAUGAUAGACCAAGCACAAGGACAGACCGUCUUGCUGUGGGCUUCAGCACAACCGUGAAGGAUGGCAUCCUUGUUCGGAUUGACAGUGCCCCUGGGCUUGGUGAUUUUCUACAGCUGCACAUAGAGCAAGGCAAGAUUGGUGUAGUCUUCAAUAUUGGCACAGUGGAUAUCUCUAUUAAAGAGGAAAGCACACCUGUAAAUGAUGGCAAAUACCACGUAGUACGCUUUACCAGGAAUGGUGGCAAUGCCACCCUUCAGGUUGACAGCUGGCCAGUGAAUGAACACUACCCCACAGGCAACACUGAUAGUGAACGGUUCCAAAUGGUAAAACAGAAAAUCCCCUUCAAAUAUAACCGGCCUGUAGAGGAGUGGCUGCAGGAAAAAGAUGAUGCUACACCGCAUCACCACUUGACUUCAAGACCCGUCACGACGACCACCAAAAUUGGACGACAGUUAACGAUCUUCAACACCCAGGCGCAAAUAGCCAUAGGAGGGAAGGACAGAGGGCGUCUCUUUCAAGGCCAGCUCUCCGGUCUCUAUUACAAUGGCUUGAAAGUGCUGAACAUGGCAGCGGAGAACAACCCCAACAUUAAAAUCAAUGGAAGUGUCCGACUCGUUGGGGAAGUCCCAUCCAUCUUGGGAACAACACCCACAACCUCUGUGCCACCGGAAAUGUCUACUACAGUCAUGGAAACCACAACUACGAUGGCGACCACUACGACCCGAAAAAAUCGUUCGCCGCCCAGCAUCCAGGAAUGUACUAUCGUGUUAUCAACUAGAAUGAAACAUUUGUUUUGAAAUCAUUAAAGAGAUAGAUGGAGCUACUGAAGAGACUCUAACAAAGGGCCUCAAAAAUGGUUAAGAGACUGGAGCAUUUCUUCUGUGAGAAAAGGCUGAGAGAGCUGAGACUGUUCAGCCUGGAAAAGCGAAGACUCAUGGGAGAUCUUAUCAGUGUGUACAAAUACCUGAAGGAAGAGUAUAAAGACAACAGUGGUGCCCAGUGACAAGACCAAAGGCAAUGGGCACAACCAAAACACAGGACUUUCCCUCUAAAUGUCAGGAAACGUUUUUAAUGUGAGGAUGACUGACCAUUGGCACAGGUUG